UGAUUAUUGAUAUAAUAAUGUUGUUUUAAUGCUCCUCAAUUGUUAAAACGUUUUUGGUGUUGUGGAUCAGAUUCUGUAUUAUUAAUAAAUGGAGCCUUUAGAACCAAAUGCUGAAGAUUGUUGUAACAGUGGCUGUAAUCCUUGUAUUUUUGAUAUAUACGAACAGCAGCUGAAGGCAUUUAGAAAAAAGAAAUUAAAUGGGGACAAUUUAAAUGUUAUCCAGAAUGGCAUUUCUCAAUGGAAAUACACAAAAUUUGUUGUUGUUAAAAACUUCCCCAUCUGCGAUUUUCAUAACUGUGUUACAUUUAAGAGAAUAGCCCAAAACGAUACAACAGUGUGGUGGAAACCUGGUGACCACUUCCUCCUUAAGUAUUCUUCUAAUCAAAAUUCAUGUACGAGAGCAUACACUCCCAUAAAAGUAAAGAAUGAAUUAAGUGAAGACUAUGAUUUUUCUAUAUUUGCAAAAAAAUAUGACUGUGGCUUAGUUUCAACAUACUUGUGUAAUUUAAAAGAGGGUGAUACUACUUUAUGGAGGGGCCCUUAUGGGCACUACAAAAUGGAACCAAAUAAAUAUGACAGAAUUAUCAUGAUUGCUCAAGGAACUGGCAUAGCUCCGUUUAUUACAAUCAUAGAUGAAAUUUUAAAUGAUGAAGAUAAUAUGACAAAAAUUAGAUUGUUAUAUUGUUGCAAGUGUGAAAAUUCUAUCCUAUUUAGAGAUAUACUUUAUGCCUUUAAAUCGUACUGGAAUUUUACCUAUGAUAUUUUUUUAAGCACUAGUUGUACAUCAAAUUUUAAGUGUAAAUAUCAAGAACCAAUAAAACAGCAUAGACUUAACAAGGAAUAUUUAUUUAAAUUAAAACCUUUUCUACAGAAUGAUCAGGUUCUUAUAUGUGGAGCACCUACAUUUAUUGAGGCUUACAAGACUCAUUUAGAGGGGGAAAUACUGAAUAAAGAAAAUAUAAUUAUGUUUUGA